CACAUUUUUCUCAGCGAAGCGGCCCCUGCUGUGAGUGUUGCAGCGCUGCGGUGCUGUGGUUGAUUUUCAAAGUCAAUCGCACAGGCAUCCGGCUUCAGAAGGGCAGCUGUAGGAUGGCGGAGCAGCAGGUGGAGUCGCACAACAAUCCCCAGGAGAGCGAUGUGCCCCCGACAUCAUCAGAAUAUCACAAAAUGUCCGAAAAGGUGAGCCAGACAGACUCAACGACACAACACCCUCAGAGUCUGUGUGUUGCGUGUGUGCAGGUGUCGUCGUAUCUGCAUCAGCUCAAGGACGUUAGGGGCUUCACCGACUGGACCAAGCUCAACGAGGACGUUUUCGGAAGCACAUGGCUGGAAAUGGACAAGGUAACCACACAAGCAGCAGACAAUCAUUCCCCUCUCUACGACUGCGUGUGCCGCUGGUGCCUUCAGUUCACCUUCGGCACAUUGGCUGGACUCGUGAGCGGCUAUGCGGCCAAACAAGCACUCAAGACACUCGCUGUGCUGCUCGGGUUAGGAGGGGCCGCUUGGGUGCACGCAGGUGGAUACCCGUCACUUCACUUCUUUGGUGCCUGUUUCUUGUGCAGAGUUGGCUUCAUCGUGCUGCAAUCGCUGGUACGCGAUGACGGGGAGCAGACGAGUCGGGCUUCCCUCUCCAUGUGUGUGUGUGUGUGUGUGUGUGUAUGUGUCAGAACUACGCCGGCUACCUGAAGAUUGAGUGGCACAAGAUUGAGCAGGAGGUGGCCAAGAAGUUCGACACCGACGAGGACGGCAAGCUCACCACCAAAGGUGAGAGGGACGAUAGGAGCGCACUGACGGCAUCAAUCCAGCUUGUGGGCUGUUGUCCGUGUGUGUGGCACAGAUUUUGCGGCGUUCUGGGAGAAGUUCCAAAAGGCAAUGUCGUACACGCUGCCAGGUGAUGCACUCCCGCCAGCAGAUCGUGCUCGGUAAUCAAAUGGGAUGGCUGUCUGUGGUUGUGUCAUCAUUCAGGCGCUGGUGGGUUUGGUUUCGGCUUCCUCCUGGCCGUGUUCAAGUGGUGAACCAUCCGUCAUAGCUGAAGUUUUUGCCACACAAGGGAGCGGUCGAUAUACAUGCACGUCCUGGCUUUUUGACGGACAGAGAGGUCUUGGUAGGCCGGUGCGGUGAGUGCCGUGAGUGAGGGCGUGUCGAGGCGGGGGUGUGCUGACUUGUCAGUGCGUGUAUGGAUGUACUGAAGAGGAGGUCGGUGUCGACGGUCAGG